AUCACUAUAAAUAGUGACACCAACUCAACCAAAAAAGUCACAGAAAAUUUCAGACAAACUAAGCUCAAAGCAAACUUCAGUUAAGUUAGUAAUUGUCAUGGCUUCUCGUGUUCACAUCCUGUUUCAAACCUUUGUCUUGUCGGUUCUUGCAGCCACAGCUUUCUCAUUAUCUCCGCAUUACUAUAAAAAUGUUUGUCCCAAAGCUUUGCCAACCAUCAAAAAACUAGUGGAGGCUGCAGUGCACAAAGAGCGACGGAUGGGAGCAUCUUUACUUCGUCUUCACUUCCAUGACUGCUUUGUUAAUGGAUGUGAUGCUUCAAAUCUUUUGGAUCCGACGCCUACCCUUGAUAGUGAAAAGAAUGCUACUCCGAAUAAAAAUUCUUUAAGAGGAUUUGAAGUGAUCGACCAUAUUAAGGCGGAGGUGGACAAAAUUUGUGGAUGCCCUGUGGUUUCUUGUGCUGAUAUCUUGGCCGUAGCAGCUCGAGAUUCUGUAGUUGCGCUAGGAGGGCCAUCAUGGAAGGUGCGGCUAGGGAGGAGAGAUUCAACAACAGCCAAUCGAACACAAGCAAACCUCGACCUUCCAAACCCGUCCAUGGAUCUCCCUGCAUUAAUCAACAAUUUCAAGAAUCAAGGUCUGAAACGGAGAGACCUUGUAGCUCUCUCUGGUGGCCACACCAUUGGGUUUGCACGAUGUUUUCUCUUUAGGAACAGAAUUUACAAUGCAACAAACAUCGACCCUGUCUUUGCAAAAAAGCGAAGAGCAACCUGCCCAUUCACUGGAGGAGACUCUAUCCUUGCUCCUUUAGACCCAACACCUGUACACUUUGACAUUGCGUACUUCAACAACUUGGUGAAGCAAAGGGGGCUGUUCAUCUCAGAUCAGGCACUUUUCAAUGGCGGCUCCACUGAUAAACGUGUAAAGACUUACAGUUCGUACCCUGAAGUUUUCUGGAAAGAUUUCCGUAAGUCAAUCAUUAAGAUGGGAAAUAUUAAGCCUUUGACUGGGAACCAAGGACAAAUUCGUGUCAACUGCAGGAAGGUGAACCAAUAAAAAUGACAAGGAUCUUGGUUCCAAUCUAAGUUUAGUGGUAAAAUCAGUUUGGAAAAUCGAAAUUACUAAUGUCAAAAUGUUAGGACAGAUGUUUCAUUCUCUUAGCUUUAUUUUUAAUCUUUCUUUAUAAACAAUAAUGUAUAUUUCUUGUACCCUGUGAUAUCUAUAAAUGAAACAUAACACUCACUCUGAGAAAGUAAGUGAGGUUUUCUUAUUUUGUAAAACUUU